AUGGCUGUUUUUUUAGCCGGCCACCUGCUUAACGCCAUCCACUCCUGGGGAACCCAGUUGUUUUCAAAAGGGAUAAAAGUUAAGGAAAAUUAUGGCAAGCUUAUAAUACUGUCUGUGAUAGCAUGCAGCUAUGGUGACAAAUUAGACAGGACUUAUUUGCCGCCUGAGAGCGCAGGCACCGCUGGAGGCAGUCCAGGGUCUAUAGCAGCUCCAGGCACUGAAACUGAACUUGGUGUGCCUAAGGGUACAAUUUUCGGUUCAUCGGCCAGUCAGCCUUCAGGCCCAUCAUCGUUCGGUCAGCCAUCAGGCACAUCGUUCGGUCAGCCAUCAGGCACAUCGUUCGGUCAGCCAUCAAGCCCAUUGUUCGGUCAACCUACAGGGUCUGCCGUCGGGCAACCAUCAAGUCCAUCGUUCGGUCAACCUUCAGGCCCUUCGUAUGGUCAGACUCAAAGCCCUUCGUACGGUCAGCCUUCAGGCCCUUCGGUCGGUCAACCUUCAGGCCCCUUGCUCGGUCAACCUGCAGGCCUUACGUUUGGUCAAGCAUCAGGUCCAUCAAUAAGUAAAUUUUCUGAAUCUUCUUUCGGACAAGGCCAAAACCAAGCUGGUCCUCAAUCUGGAUCGACUCAACCUGGCCAACCUGGAGCUGUAACAACCGGUUCUCAAUACAACCAGGCUGGUGAUUCAGCUGGCGCUGGUACCCCAGGAUUUUCUCAAGCAGGAAGCGAAUUAAACAGCGCUCCUGGAUUCAGUGGUCAAUCUCAAAUACCUACUUCCUAUAAUGGACCAUCUCAACCUGAUCGUGCACGUGCCUCGAUCGACAAGAAUGCUGAAAUUUUACAUUAUGAGAACAACAUUGAUGGGGACACAUUCGCUUACAGCUUCGAAACGUCGAAUGGAAUUGCAGCUGAUGAAGCAGGUGUAGCUACUAAUGGUGUCCGGGCUCAAGGGGGUUUCUCAUACACUGGUGACGAUGGUCAGUUCUAUAGCGUGAGGUAUACCGCUGACGAGAACGGGUAUGUCCCUCAGGGUGAUCAUCUGCCGACUCCUCAUCCUAUACCUGAAGAGAUUUUGAAGUCUUUGGAAGAGAAUGCAAGAGCUGCUGCAGCUGGUACUCAAGAAGGUGCUUACAAUCCGAAUGAAGACUCAAACCCGGAUAACAGUGCGUCGUAUCCCGGCAUUGGCUCUAAUGCAUACCAACCUGGUCAAGGUUCUGUUUCUCAGUACAGCGGUUCUGAUACCUCGUCAGUUACGGGAAGGCCUCAAGAUGGUCAAGAAUUUGGUUCUAAAUAUAAUACUCCCGCUGCAUCUUUAGGACCUCAAGGCAGUCUGGGAACUGGUGCUCCGCAAUAUAAUGCCCCCACAUCGUCUCUGACUAACUACGCAAGACCCGGAUCAUCAGAAAAUCAACUUUCAGGCUCUCCGUACGGUACUUCUGGAACAUCACCUACUACUUCAAAGCCUGGAUCGCAAGACGGCAAUUCACCUGCUUCUCAGUAUACUGGUUCUUUCGGACCAGGUUUAUCGUCUCAAGUCGUCAAUGGUAUCCCUACGGGUGCCAUUAAUUUGGGCGAAAGAGGCUCCACAAAACCUGGAGCUCAAUCAUUUUCACAAGAUCGUCAAACGCGUCCCACUCAAUAUGGUACUCCUAUUUCAUCUUCAUCUCCAAAUUUCCCGGCUCAAGGUCAAUCUUCCUUAAUGAAUAAUGUUCCAUCCUUUGAUUCGUCUUCAGGUACACAAUCAGGAUUUCCUAAACAGUUCAACAAAUCUCCCAUAUCUCAAACUGGUGCCUUAACCGGUUCCUCCUAUGGUUCGAAGAGGCCAUUUGAAUCUCCAGAUUUUCCAUCUCAAAAUGGCGCUCAAUCGCCCACAUCGCAGUCUGGUGCUUUUCCUACCUUUGGAUCUGGCUCCUUGGGCCAAAGUUCUGGAUAUCAGUACAGUAGUCCCAGUGCCUUUUCUGCUGGUACAAGGCCUGGAACUCAAAAAAAUCCAUCACCAGUAAGCGCCUCUUCUGCCCCUCAAUUUGGAACGUCUGCAGGAACACCUUUCGGCUCUAAUGGUCAAAUUAAACCCCAAGAUGUUUCUUCAGGAACGAUUUCAGGUUCUGAAUCUUCCAGACCCUAUGACAGUACAGCUACUUCUCAAUACAAUGGACCAAUUUCAUCAUUUUUAAGACCCAAACCAGAAGUUGACACAUCUCCUACUACUCAAUACCAAACCCCAGCCGGAUCACCUUUUGGUGCCACAGGGCUAACUGGUAGCCAGUCUCCUACUUCUCAAUACACCACCCCCGGCACAUCUCCAUUGGGUUUUAAAAAGCCUGGAUCCCAAACAGUCCCAUCUUAUGCUAGCUCAUCUCCUGCUUCUGAAUACGACACCUCAGCUGGAUCAUCUGUAGGUCUUGGAGCUUCUCGACCAGUUAGUGGUCAAUUAUCUACUUCUCAAUACAACGCGCCAUCUUUAAGUACAUUUGGUUCUGUGAACACCAAUUCUCAAGAUUUUUCUAAUCGUCAGUCUGGGGUAAGUCAACGUCCGCAAUUUAACUUGUCUGGUUCUUCUGGUUUCUUUAAACCAACUAUUUCUGGUGCCGAAGGACAAAUCAGCCAAAAACAAGACGAAUCUGGAUACAAGUAUUCCCGACCCCAAACUCAGUUUGACCAACAAAGAGGAAAACUGUCUGGUUCAAGAUUUAGACCUUCGGAUACUGUUGUAUCAUCAAAACCUGUAAACAAAGAAACCGUUAUUGGUAGUGGUCUACCCCGAGAUAGUUACAAUCCUUCAGGCUCUACUCCUAAAGGAACUUCUAAUGCAUCAGGGUUUCCGAAAUUCCAAGCGUCUUCAAGUCAAGAUUACCCCGCAGGUCAAUCUCUGACUAACAGUCAAGACUCUCCCUUCUCCGGUACCGGACAAUACUCAUCGACAGGUCUUGGCUCUAAGCCCACCGGUUCUACUUUCCCUAGACGAGACAACGCUGUUGGAAACACACCUACAUAUCAGUCGGGUCAAAUUACCACAUCAAAGUCUCCUAUGCUUGGCUCUGCUCCUUACCAGUAUAAUCGUCCAGAGUCUCAAGGACCUGGACAGAUAGGUUAUAAACCAACCUUUGAAUCAUCAGGAGAUAAAAGACCUGGACAAAUAGGCUCUCAGUCAACCUUUGGAUCAUUAGGGCAAGAAAGACCUGGUCAGGUAGCUUAUCAAUCAAACUUUGGAUCAUCGGAACAGAAAAUACCUGGACAGGUAGGCUCUCAGCCAAACUUUGGGUCACCAAGUCAAGAAAGACCUGGACAGGCUGGCUAUCGGCCAACUUUUGGGUCGUCAGGACAGGAAAAACCUGGACAAGUAGGCUAUCAACCUACCUUCGGAUCGUCACUACAAAAACUACCAGGGCAACUUGGGUCUCAACUUAGCAAUGGCCCAUCAAAAGACGAAAGGCCUGGACCUAGACAGGAGGGCUCUCACUCCGGAUACGAAUAUUCAAAACAGAAUAAGCCUGGUCAAACAGGAUCUCAGUCUAGUUUUUCACCUUCGUUCCAGGAUGUACCUAAUCAAACAGGUACACAACCUACCUUUGGUUUUUCAGGACAGGACAGACCUACUCAGAGCACCAACCAGCCUAGUUUCGGUUCUACAGGACAACAACAGCCCGAUCAAAAAGGAUUUCCAUCUGGCUCUGGUACUUUAGGACCUAAAAGGCCUGGUCAAGCAGGAUACCAAUCACCCUUUACCUCAUCACGCCAGGAUAGACCCGGUCAGUUUGGAAAAGGAAUGCCAACUGAGGACUUCAAUGGACCUCGUCAACCACCAAGUUUCAGUCCCGAGGAAGGUUAUAAAUACUAA